AAUAAGUAGGUUUUGAGUAAUAAAUAAUAAUAAUUUAAUUCAAAAUUCAGCCUUCUAUUUCUUAGGUAUUGAAUACUUAUUUUUCAUUAUUUUAAAUUUAAUAAUUUAACCAUUCAACCAAAACAAUAACGAUAGUCUGCUUAAAAUUAUUUAGUAUUUUUUUCAAUGUUUAACUUGUCUACUACCUACAAUACUCUAUAAGGAUUUUUUCUUCAACACAUUUGACAAAAAUUUACACGUGUAUUCACGAAAUUGAAUAUAAUUUAUAAACAUAAGAUUCAACGAUGACCACAACACUCAAACCUUACCUUUCAGUUGUAAAGCAUUCGUUGGAUGCUGCCAUAUGCAUAAGCCAGUUCUACUCACAAGUAGUUGAACGUCACAGCAAACCAGAAAUAGAAAUGCAAACCAACAGGGAGUUAAUAUUAACUCCAAUGUUAAUUAGUCGCAAUGAGCGAGAACGUGUUUUUAUUGAAAGCUCUAUAAAUUCAAUACGGGUGAGUAUAGCAAUUAAACAAUGUGAUGAGAUUGAGCGAUUAUUGUGUGAUAAAUUCACACGGUUCAUGAUGAAACGAGCAGAAAAUUUUUUCAUCUUAAGAAGAAAACCAAUUGCUGGAUAUGACAUAACUUUCUUAAUCACUAAUAUGCAUGUGGAACAAAUGUACAGGAAUAAACUUAUUGACUUCAUUAUUCGAUUUAUGGAAGAAAUUGACAAAGAGAUCAGUGAAAUGAAGUUGGCAAUUAAUGCAAGAGCAAGAAUUUGUUCAGAAGAGUUUCUUAAACAUUUUUAAAAAAAAAAUGUGUAACUAUCCAGUGUGCAUUAUUUUUUAUUUUCUACUAUAAUCAUUUUU